AUGAAGCGCACAUCGGACCACCCAACAGACCACAGCAGCAACAAGCGCAUCGGCAUCCAAGAGCAGCAACCGCAACCCACCGUCUCCACCCUCACCCCCGCCACCACCGCCAUGUCGUCCGACACCCCCGCCCAGACGACCAAGCCCACCGGCGGCGACGACUUCUUCAAGCCCAUCGGACAGCAUGUCGACCCCGCACAGGGCGACGCACCCGCUGGCACCUCGUCCGACGCAGACGCAGACCAGCAAAAGAUGGUCGAAGAGAUCCCCUCGCUCUGCAUGGACUGCCACCAAGAGGGCAUGACCCGCAUGCUCCUCACCUACAUCCCCUACUUCCGCGAGGUCAUCGUCGUCAGCUUCCACUGCGACCACUGCGGAAACAGAAACAACGAGAUCCAGUCCGCAGGCCAGAUCCAGGAAAAGGGCUGCCUCUACACCGUCCACAUCACCAACCCCGCCGACCUCAACCGCCAGGUCGUCAAGUCCGAGUGGUGCACCGUCAUCAUUCCCGAGCUCCAGAUCGAGAUCCCGCCCAAAAAGGGUCAGCUCACCACCGUAGAGGGCAUCCUCUCCGACACCCUCCGCGACCUCGAGCUCGACCAGCCCGUCCGCAAGCACACCGCCCCGGACGCCUACCAAAAGAUCGAGGAGCUCUGCGACAAGCUGCGCAACAUCCUCGGCGAGGAGAAGCAGGACCUCGUCUCGGGCGGCGGCGGUGACGCCGACGGCAGCAGCGACGCACCGUCAUCUGGCCUGCGCAGCCACGGCCCCGUCGGCGGCGGCAGCACCAGCGACAACAGCACCCUCACCUCAGAGCAGAUGGCCAACCGCACCGUGCCCGCCUUUAGCAUCCGCCUCGACGACCCCUCGGGCAACAGCUUCGUCGAGUUCCUCGGCGCAGUCGAGGGGCGCGGCAUGUCGGACGCAAAGUGGAGCAAGCGCGACUACCCGAGGUCCAAGGAGCAAAACGAGCUCCUCGGCCUCGCCGGCCCCGCAGCCGGUGCGCCGUCGGCAAACGCACACGACGACGGCCAGGGCGGCGGCGGCGGCGGCGGCUUCAGCAAGGACGACGGCGAGACCGAGUUCGACAACGAGGAGAUCUACACGUUCGAGGGCACCUGCUCGAGCUGCAACGCAUUCCUCGAGACGCGCAUGAAGAAGGUCAACAUCCCGUACUUCAAGGACAUCCUCAUCAUGUCGACCAACUGCGACAGCUGCGGCUACAAGGACAACGAGGUCAAGUCGGGCGCCGCCAUCUCGGAAAAGGGGCGGAAGCUGACGCUGCGCGUCGAAGACGCCGAGGACCUGUCGCGCGACGUGCUCAAGUCCGAGACGGCCGGCUUCUCGAUUCCGGAAAUCGACCUGCACCUCUCGCCGGGCACGCUGGGCGGCCGCUUCACGACGCUCGAGGGCUUGCUGCAGCAGGUCUACGACGAGCUGUCGGAGCGCGUGCUGAUGCGCGGCGACUCGGCGCGCGAGGCCACGACGUUUGAGGGCUUCCUGGGCAAGCUCAAGGGCGCCAUCAGCGCCACCAACGUGCCCUACACCGUCGUCCUCGACGACCCGCUGGCCAACAGCUACAUCCAGAACCCGUACGCGCCCGACGUCGACGAGCAGCUCACCGUCGAGGUCUACGAGCGGAGUUUUGACCAGAACGAGGACCUCGGCCUCAACGACAUCAAGGUCGAGGGGUACGAGGAGGACGCCGAGGGCGACGCAAAGAUGGACGAGGGCGAGGGCGAGGGCGCAGCGGCACCUGCGCCGACUCAGUCGUCGUAG